AAUAAAAAAUGCCAAAUUUCUCUAGCCAACUCUGUAGUCCAACUUUACAACCAAUGGAUUCUGUAAAAUCGGACUGUGCUGGUCUCUGGUUAUCGCUCCCCUUCUCCUCUCUCGUCAGAACUCCAACAGGAAGAAGAAGAAGAAGAGAAAAAUGUGGGAACCAGAAGAAGAAGAAAACGGGACCUUCUCUUCAAAGUCGACACAGACAGAUUCCACUAUGGAUUUCGAUCUUGAUUUUGACACAUCAUGGCUGAUGGACCAGACCCAGAGUCAGAACCCCUUUCUUUUCGCUUCAUCGUCUUCCAAUUCUAUUCUCCUGCCCUCGUCCUUCGACCGUUCCUAUUCUCCUUUGUGGGCUUUCUUGGAUGAUGACGAGAACCCAACUGCUCGCAACACCAAUUCUUCUUCGGCAGGAGCUCCUCGGGUUGCUGAAUGCUCUGGAUUUCUUCCAUGUAAUCCUGAUUCUGUAACUGGUAAUGCUGUGACUGGUGAUUAUAACAGAAGUCUCCUUCCAGUACCUCUUGGUUUGGUGCUGCAAGAGAAUCCAGAAGGAUACAUGAUCAAAGAGAGGAUGAUGCAAGCGCUUCGGUACAUCAAAGAAUCUACAGAACAUGUUCUUGCUCAGGUUUGGGCACCUGUAAAGAUUGGGGACCGGUAUGUAUUGACAACUUCCGGGCAACCUUUUGUUCUCGAUCCACAUAGUAAUGGUCUUCUUCAGUUUAGAAUAGUCUCUAUUAUGUAUAUGUUUUGUGUGGACGGGGAGAAUGAUGAGGAUCUGGGGCUACCUGGCCGUGUUUUCUGGCAAAAAUUGCCAGAAUGGACCCCAAAUGUGCAGUUGUACAGCAGCAAAGAGUAUCGACGACUUGAUCAUGCUUUGCACCACAACGUCAGGGGAACCUUGGCUUUGCCGGUCUUUGAACCUUCUGUGCAGUCCUGUGUUGGUGUGCUUGAGCUUAUAAUGACAUCACAGAAGAUUAAUUAUGCUCCUGAGGUUGAUAAAAUCUGCAAAGCUCUUGAGGCAGUAAAUCUGAAAAGUUCUGAAGUAUUGGAUCAUCCAAAUAUGCAGAUGAGCAAUGAAGGCCGCCAACAUGCCAUGGCUGAAAUCUUAGAGUUAUUAACCCUCGUGUGUGAGACCUACAAAUUUCCUUUGGCUCAAACAUGGGUUCCAUGCAUGCAUCGCAGUGUUCUAGCCAAUGGUGGUGGUGUAAAGAAGAGUUGUACAAGCUUUGAUGGAAGCUGCAUGGGGGAAGUCUGCAUGUCAACUGACGUAGCAUUCUAUGUUGUAGAUGCACACAUGUGGGGUUUCCGUGAUGCUUGUGCUGAGCAUCACUUGCAGAAAGGGCAGGGAGUGGUGGGGAGGGCAUUUGCAUCCCUUAAGUCGUGUUUCUCCAGGGAUAUCACCCAGUUCAGCAAAACUGAGUACCCCCUGGUACACUAUGCACGCAUAUUUGGCUUAACGAGCUGCUUUGCUAUUUGCUUAAGGAGUGCCCACACAGGCAGUGAUAAUUAUGUUCUGGAGUUUUUUUUUCCACCAAGCAUCACAGACUGUAGAGAACAAGAAGCUUUAUUAGAUACUAUAUUGGAAACAAUGAGGCAGCAGUUCCGGAGUUUAAGGGUUGCUUCUGGGAGUGAAAUGGAAGUGGAGAGCAGAUCUGUUGAAAUUAUUGAAAAGUGUGCAGAUGAGAAACUCAACUCCAAAAUUGAAUGUAUUCAAGUGUUCCCUAGCACUAAAUCCCCUAUGGGGCAUGAUGGUUUACCAAAUAUGGUGGAGAUGGUGCAGCCAAAUCCAUUAGAACAGUGUAUAGUAGACAGUUCUGCUCUGAAGGAUGAAGAGAGUCUGGCUAAUUAUGAUGAAAGCUGCACUGCUGUCACUUUGUUAGACAACAAAACCAUAAAGAAACCAUUGGAGAGGAGUAAUGGCAAGACAGAGAAGUCAAUCAGCUUAGAGGUCCUUCAACAAUAUUUUGCUGGUAGUCUUAAAGAUGCUGCAAAGACUCUUGGUGUUUGCCCUACUACCAUGAAACGAAUCUGUAGGCAGUAUGGAAUUUCCCGGUGGCCUUCUCGCAAGAUCAACAAGGUUAAUCGUUCUCUGACCAAGCUGAAACAUGUGAUUGAAUCUGCCCAAGGUUCUGAAGGUGCAUUCAGUCUGACUGCUCAUGAAAGUCCAACACCUGUUACUGUUAGUUCCCUUUCUAGGCCUGCCAAUGUGAAUGGACCCAAUCAACAACCGACACAUUCUAAGCCUUCUGACCAGGGUGGAAGGGAGACACAGUUACCGACCCAUGUCACAGAAGAAAGCGAUGGGUAUGGUGAAGCAGAGGAUCAAAUAAUUGAUGGGAAUGGACUGUUGGAUCAGCAGGAACUCAUUCAUGAGAAAAAUGAGUUUGUCAUGGAGUGUUGCAAGGUUCCCGAUGUGUCUACAACAAGAAUUGGUUCCGCAAAAGAGAGAACUGACACCCCUACUUCUCACGGUUCAUGCCAAGGUAGCCCUGCCAAUGGAACUGCUCAGUUAAAUGGUCAAUUCGUUUCUUCUAUUGCAGAAGGCGUUUCUGUGGAGAGAUCAUCAGCGUUGGCAUUUCAACUGACUGACACAGGUCCACCUACGGCCUACGCUGGCCCUGAUGCUCCAAUCACCGUACAACAUCAAGCACCAUUGGCUGAAAUGCUAAUAGAGGAUGCAGGAACCUCGAAAGAGCUGAGAAACCUCUGUGGUUCAACAGAAGAGUUUUGUCAGGACGAGCAGGUCCCAGAAUCUAGUUAUAUCAAACUGCCAUGUCCUGAUCAAGUUUCACAGAAGACCCUGGCUCCAACUCACGAGAUGCCACAUGUUGCAACUACCGUAGAUGUUGGAACAGUUAACUUUAAGGUAACUUACGGAGUUGAUAUUUUUAGGUUUCGGCUUUCUCUGACUUCUGGUGUGGUCGAGUUGGAGGAGGAAUUGGCAAAGCGGCUGGAGUUGGAGGUGGGUACAUUUGAUAUCAAGUAUUUAGAUGACGAACAUGAGUGGAUUUCUCUGGCUUGUGAUACUGACUUCAAUGAGUGUAUGGAUGUCUUGAGAUCAUCUGGUGGACGUUUGGUCAGACUGUUGGUACUGCAUGGCAUAGUUCCCAGCUUUGGCUGCUCUUGUGAGAGCUCAGGUGAUUCAGGAGGAACCACGUUGUAAAGCAGGUAUACUUGUAGUAAAACUUGUAAGUGCUAGGAAGGCGAAAUAACAAAUAUUCCCCAUUUGGGACAGGAAAAUUCAGCUAGCAUUUACCCCCUGGCCUGCUCAUGUAGUCAAAUUCAUUUUUCUGGUCAGUGAAGUUACCAUCUUAAAAUCUGAAAAAUCUUAUGGGUUUCAAA